AUGGCUCUGCAACCUGACCCACAACCUACGCUGCCCCAGCAGCCGAAGUUAUGGUGGGCGAACGGGACGGCCUUCGUAGCGAUCCACCUUGCAGCCGCGAUAGGUUGCUACUUCCGCCCGUAUCAAAGCGUGUCAAUAUACACACUGUCUCUGUGCGCUGUUCUCUUUCAAAUGGCAGAGUUGUCCAUCACAGUCGGUUAUCACCGUCUGUACUCGCACAGAGCAUUUCGUGCCAGCCUACCCGUGAGGAUCGUCGUGUCGUUGCUCGGUGCCAGCGCAAUGCAGGGGUCAAUCAAAUGGUGGUGCCUAAGGCAUCGGCUGCACCAUCGUUACACAGACGACCCUGUACAUGACCCUUAUGCGGCCACUCGCGGAUUUUGGUGGUCACAUAUGGGGUGGAUUUUCUUCAAGCCUCGCUACGAGCGCCUCGAGCUGGUCGACCAGGCGGACCUCGACAAUGACCCAGUCGUCCGCCUGCAGCACAAAUAUUACCUGCCGCUGUCCAUUACACUGGGGCUGAUACUGCCGCCCUGCCUCGGAGUCCUGUGGGGUGAACCUGCGGAAGCGUUCAUCUGGGGAGCGCUUGUCGCGAGACUGCUCAUCUGGCAUUGUACCUUUUUCGUGAAUUCCCUCGCACACUGGGACGGCCUGCAGCCGUACUCGGACGAAAAUACGUCCAAGUCGAACCUGGUCCUCGCACUCCUCACCUGCGGCGAAGGGAACCAUAACUUCCAGCACGCAUUCCCCCAUGACUAUCGUUCCGGUCCCGCGCGGUACGAUUGGGACCCGUCCAAGUGGACGAUUCUUCUGCUCCAGCAACUUGGCCUCGCCUGGGGACUCAAACGCGCGCGUCCAGAAGACGUGAGCGAGGCGUGCCUCUACAUGCUUCACAAGCACGCUGGGGAAGUCAGCGGAAGCGAUGAUGACUCGAGUUCUGGGGACGACGCUGACCUUCCACGCUCCUCGGAUUUGGAGGUCUGGACCUGUCCUGAUGUGCAGAGGUAUGUCGACGGCGGCCGAUGCGUCGUCGUGCUUGAUGGGCUCGUGGUUGACGUCACGGGCUACCUGGGCGAACACCCUGGAGGUGCUGCGCUGCUCCGCAAGUACUCCGUCCGACCACAGGGGAUGCCGCAUCACGACGUCUGGAAGCAAGCUGGUUGGGCGUUCCAUGGCGGUAUGAACAACCACUCGCGAGCUGCCCGGAAGCGGAUGAAGGAGCUGCUGGUGGCCAGGCUGGUGGACGAGAUGUAG